AUUUAUCGCAUCCUUGCGGGGUCACGUUGGUCCAGUUUAUCAAGUAUGUUGGUCCUCGGAUAGUCGCAUGCUGAUAAGUGCAAGCAAAGAUAGCACUUUGAAAAUCUGGGACCUCAAGACUAAGAAAAUAAAAAUGGAUUUACCUGGACACUUGGACGAGGUGUUCAGUGUGGAUUGGAGUCCGAGUGGUGAGAAAGUUUCCAGUGGCGGCAAGGAUCGUCAGCUGAAAAUGCAA